AUGGGAAUGGUGGUCAAAUGGAAGUUUGGGGAGUAUCUGACCGCUCCUUUUAUCGGACUGACUUAUGCUUGCGAGAGUGAUGCGUGUAUAGCGAAAGGAGGGUUUUGCAAACCGGAUGUAUGCAAGAAACCCUGUGACUACUUCUGUGAUACUGAGCAUGUUUUUUAUGGUCUCCACAUUUUGUAUAAUGGCAACGAGCUGCCAGUAACAGAUGCGGUAUGUAGAUCUGACAAAUGUGUUGAUGGGUUGUACGGUGUUGGGAAUAUUGUCUGCAAUAACUUCAAACUACCUCCUGAUCCGAAGAAAAAAUACUCUCUGCACUUGGUGGUCAAUGUUAAGCAAGACAGCGAUGAUCUACCAUCAAGAAACGAAGAUGCUGAACUCUACAUUGUUGCCGGAAAAAUUAAUAUCGAAAAAUCUCCAGGAGCGUGGAAAGAUGGACUCAACACGAUGCAAGCUGGCGAAGUAGGGACUUUGGUCGUCACGCUGAUGGACGGCUUUGGACACCAGGUCAAUGAGGCCACUGGCGGAAUUGGAAAUGAUUUGAUAGUUAAUUUCAAGCCCUCAAUUACAAAGGGUUCGUCUGGUGACCCAACCUCAAUUACUGACGUCAAAUCUACGAGACGAGGAGAUACCGGCUUUUAUGAUAUCACUUUUCUUACAUCCAGAAAAGGAGAUUUCGUUUUGAAUGUUUGGGCUUUUCCAUCCGCACUAGAAUUCUUUGCUGUAAAGGGGUCGCCGUUUUCCUUCACCGUUACUGCGGGUAGUCUCUAUGUACCAGCUUGUACAGGUUCUUGGAUAGUUGGAGGUCCUAUUGACCCCGGAGAGACAGUUACGCUACGGGUUCUUCUAAGGGAUAAAGCGAACGAGCUCAUGACGGAAGCGACCUAUAAAUUUAAUACCGAGGUGUUUCGAGCUUUUGGCGAUCGACCUUUCACUCCUCCUUCUAUAACCUCUUCUGCAACCGUGGGUACUCCUGGAAGUAUAGACUUCGUCGUCAAAAUGCAAACUGCAGGGGUUUUCGUCUUUAAAAUAACUUCUCAAGCCGGAGAUGAACAGAUUGAAGGAUCGCCUUUUCAAUUCACAGUGAAGACAGGUGUGUUUUACCUUCCCUCUACGAAGGGUGCUUGGCCCGGGGGAGUCAAUACCCUUCCAGCUGGCGCUCAAUCAUCUUUCAGGUUGCUGGCAAUGGAUAAAGACGGAAACAUCAUCAACCCACUACCAGCAGGAGCACUUAUCGUUACUGUAGAGAAACUUGCCACAGACAACAGAAUAUUACCAGACACUCCUGUCACUGUUAAGUCUGAAUUUCCUGAUACUGGUUAUCAGCUUUUGGGUUUUGUUCCGAAAUUGACCGGGAAGUUCGAUUUGAAAGUUACUGGUAGUGAUGGAACAAGUAUUCCCGGCUCUCCGUUUGUGUUUACUGUAAUCCCGGGUUCUCCUUCUCCGCUGAAGUCGAUGGGUGCUUGGUUCAAUAGCGACAAAUUUUCUGUUGGAGCCAGAGCUGAGUUUGUUAUAACUCUUGUUGAUGCUUAUGGAAACAUCAUCACAACCGCCUCGAGGGGUGGCUCAAGACUUGCAAGCUUCAAUUGGAUCACAUCAGUCACCAAUCAGGACAAUCCAUCGAUAGCUGUGCCGUACACUGUGACUGUAGGUGCUCCAACGGAUGCAGGAACUCAGUCCUUGACGUUUGCUCCAUCUACUAGCGGUAGUUUUGUACUAAAUGUUGGAACAAGCGCCGAAGUGCUCCAAGGAUCUCCCUUCCCGUUCAAAGUCAGGGCAGGAAAUCCGGUUAUGGCCAGUUGCACAGCCAGCUGGAUAGAUGCCACGUCUAACCCGCCAAAGUUCCCUGCUGGAUCUCGGAUUAAAAUGGAAGUGACUCAGAAGGAUGCGAAGAAUAAUUUAUACCUUGACGUUUUCCUAUUCAUCUUGAAAGUGAUUCCUGCGCCCUCAACUACUUCUGCGCCAAUACCAUCUUUGAGUUUAUCAUCACCUGCAAAAAAUCUGACUACGGAGGAGGGCCCAAACCUUGCUCAGGGAAAAGUUUUUGUAACUUUCACGGCCAUAGCAUCUGGAGAAUUCAAAUUCCAUGUUGGAGAUGGCACAGCUGAAAUUAGUGGUUCACCUUUUACGUUUCUUGUAGAUGCAGGCCCUUUGUCAAUAUCGAAUAUAACAGGAGGAUGGUCCAAUUCUAGAAGCGUGUUUGGGCUUGGGGUGAAAGCUGCUUUGCUGAUUACCCAGCGAGAUACCUAUGGUAACCCUGCACAGCAAGAUAUAAGCAAUCCUUUAGCCGGAACAGCAUAUUUCUCAGCACGGCUUUUCACAGCUGGAGAAACCCAUUCUGAGCUUCAGGGUUCUGACUUGACGAUUCUGCCUUUGGGAAGCCCAACCUUCAUCCAGGAAAAACUGGAAUUUACCACCAGUCAGGUUGGCAACUUUGAACUGGAGGUUUACGCUUCCAACGACAGAUUCAGCCUAGCAAACAACUGGUUCGACUGGGAAGAGGUUCCUUCGGUUCAAAUCGUUGGAUCACCAUUCAGCUUCUCUGUCGGCGAAGGUGACCAGGAGAUAUCUAUGUACCCGUAUGCAACGCGUCCGGGACAGGUCUAA